CUUCGUUCCAAGGUUUUAAGCACAAAAACCUGUUGUAGUUCGAACUUCGAAACACUAGCAGACUCCAUAGUCAGUCUUAUCUACACAGAGAGAAUGGCGGACGCGGCACAAGAUAUCGAGACCCCUACGAAAGAAGCCAAGGGUUUGGCACACGAUAUCGAGUCCCAGAUCAAAGACGCUAUGGACUCACGCGUUGCACACUUCAAAGAACAAUCCGAUUCUUUGACAUUUGAGGGGGUACGGAGAUUGUUAGAGAAAGACUUGGGGUUGGAGCCAUAUGCUUUGGAUGUGCAUAAGAGACUUGUAAAGCAAUGCUUGCUGGAGUGCUUAGAUGGUGCUGAUUCUGAUAAUGCCUCUAAGAUGUCUGGGGAGAUGGGGGAAAAACACGUGAAUAGAGAAGUGGCAGAUUCAUCGGAGGGUCUUCAUUCCAAGAAAGAUGUAAAGGAUUCAGAAGACUCUCCAGUUAUGGGUCUUUUGACAGGACAUAAAACAACCAAAGUUGAACACGGGGAAGCUAAAGGCAGUAAAAAUAAAGAGUUUCCAAGUGAGAGCACGAUAAAGAAAGCUAUUAGAAAAAGAUCUUCUUACGUCAAAGCUAAUUCUGAGAAGGUUACGAUGGCGGGACUUCGUCGACUUCUGGAGGAAGAUCUUGAACUUGAGGAAUAUACUCUCGACUCCUAUAAAAAGUUCAUAAGUCAGCAAUUAGAUGACGUAUUGAAAUCUUGUGAACCUUCUGAAGAAAAACUUGCAAGUAAUGUCAGGAAAAAUGUUAAGAAAAAUUCCAAGAGGAAAGCAUCCAAAACGGUCGGCAGUGAUGAGAGUUCUGAUUCCUCAGACAGCAAGGAUGAUGGGGAAGAAGAAGAUGAAGAAGUGAAACCUAGAAAGAAAAGCAUUCCAAAAGGAAAGGUGCAGAACACUGAUGUUAAAAAACGUGGAAGACCUGUAAAGGAGACCAACAUAUCUAGCAGGAAGCGGAGAAAGGCUGCAGAAACAAUACCAGAGGAAAAUAGUGAUGCAGAAGAUGGUGGAAAUGUCUCUGAAAAUGGUCACUCUGAAUCUUCUGAAGAGAAACCUGUGAAGAUGCAGAAGAAAGAAGUUUCAAAUCCUGCAUAUGGGAAACGUGUGGAGCAUCUGAAAUCAGUUAUCAAAUCAUGUGGAAUGAGUGUUCCCCCAUCAAUUUACAAGAAAAUAAAGCAGGCACCUGAGAACAAACGUGAGGCCCACUUGAUAAAGGAGUUGGAGGAAAUAUUAUCCAAAGAAGGGUUAUCCGCAAAUCCUUCAGAAAAGGAAAUCAAGGAAGUUAGAAAGAGAAAGGAAAGAGCAAAAGAACUUGAAGGCAUUGACAUGAGCAAUAUUGUACAGAGUUCACGUAGAAGGUCUACAUCCAGUUUUGUAGCUCCUCCAAAGCCCAAAAUUCCAGUUGAAAGCAAGGGUGACGAUGCUGAAGAUUCUGAUAAAGAUAAUGAUGAAGAUAAUGAUGAAGAUGAUGAGGAGGAGGAAGUAGAAGAUGAUAAUAAUGAUGAUGAAGAUGAUGAUGAUAAUGGUGGUGAUGAUGACAGUCAGAGUGAAGAGUUUGACGAGGAUGCUGAUGAAGACAGCGAUUAAAUUCUUUAUAUGCAAGACUUGCAAGAUUACUGAUCAUAACAGAAGCCUGAACAGAUAGCGUAAGAAUGUAUAUUGUAAUUUAAUUUGCUACUCCCAAUCUUGUUUUGUGUGUGGCAGUGGUAGUUUUUGAUGGAGAAUUUGCCAAGUAGGACUUUCAACUUCAGCUGUAUCAGUGACUCUCAUAAGGCGUAUAUCCUUGGCAGGAGAAAGUAGUAUGGUUAUCAAUCAUGUAGGAUUAGUAAGUUGGUGUCGUUUGCAAUAACGAGUGACAAAGGCAUGAGUUGGGACUCUUGAUUAGUUUUACCACCCAAA